GAUCUUUCUUUUUUUUUUUUUGUUUUCUUUUUUUUUCAUUCUCUCUUCUUUCCUUUUUUCACUUUUCUUUUUCUCCAUCGUUAACACGUCAAGUUUGACAGUUAAGUUGUUAGAGAAGGGAAGAGAUAUUAUCUAGUGGAAAGAGAAUUGUUAGAAAUUAUUGCGGUGGAAUAACAGAAGGAAAAUAGGAGAGAAUUUUUAUAAGAGAAAUAGGAAAAGAUAAGUCGAAGAUUUUGAGAAAAGCUAAAAAAAAGAAAAAAAAAAAAAACGUUGACUGGUUGACCGGUAGAGCGCGAAACGGUGUACCGGACGGCUCGCGAUAAAAUUCACGGUGGAAAGUGCUACACGCUCCGAUUCACCGUGCGUUAUCCGAAGAAACAGAAGCAGAGGAAGGAAGGAAAGAAGAAAGAAAGAAAGAAAGAAAGAAAGAAAGGAAGGAAGGAAGGGAGGAGAGGGAGGGAGUCACGCUCGUCGAAGAGAGACGCGUCUAGUCGCGAGACUAACUCAAAGAACAGAACCGAUCUUCUUCCAGACGGCUCCAAAGUUACGAUAGAGCUCUGUGGAAAAGCUCCCAUUCGAUGCGCCCCACUCCUGGUUUGCUUAUCUCGCUCGAAGACGGCCAGUUUUGUUUCCGUCUCGGAAUUUUUCGGAGGACGUUCCGAGUUAUUACACUUGCUUUACGACGAUUUCUAAUCUUUGAAAAUUUACAAGAAGAACAUUAAAAUCUUAACACAUCGCCUUUUGGAAUCAUUUGGAGAAAUCAUUACCGUCAAGAUGAUCAUUGGAUUUGUUCUGAUACCUUUAAUCUUCGCCAAUAAUAUUUAUUGUCAAAACAAUAGCUUGAUCUCAAGUGAGGUCCUUCAAGAUUACGAUCCGCAAUUCAUGGUUGGCUGUUAUUUUCCUGCGGAAUACCAGGGUGAAUUCGUGACGCAGGUGAGCGGUAAGGACAGCAACAUUGGCACAACGAACGAGCCCAUUCAAUACUCGGCCAUUAACAUCACUUACAAUGCUAUCCCGGUCUGGGGUUAUUGCCGUAGAAGAGUGGGGGAAAAUGUUCUUUUAAUGGACAGGUACGGGGACGGCGAUUGUAUACGUUGUUUUCGGCUAAAGCGAAGAUCUCGCAACGUUAUCGAAGUGUUCUCGGAAGAUCUUAACAGGUGUUAUACUUCCGAAUCAGCCGCCAUCGCAUCGUGCGAAACUUUGAACUCCACGUCCAUUCUUUACCGUACGAAGGAAGUUGGUGGUGCGUCGAUUAGAAAUGAAUACUGCCCUAUCGUAGGUGGAUAUCAUUUCAAGUACAGCGUUAACGAUGGAUCAUCGGUAUCAACCGAAUGCAAUUCCUUCUUAUCGGAUCUUCAUAACUGUCCUGACGGAUCGGUUUUGCAUUUAAAGUUCAAUCGUUGCACCUUCGAAUCACGCGAACUCAGUUUCAAUUGUCUGGGUAGCUGGCCCGGUGGCCCUUAUGGGUCAACGUAUGUAGCCUUGAUGGACAAUGAUGCGGUUAAAGAAAAUCGUCCUCAGUAUCGUUGCGGCUUGUUCCACGUUGAUAACAAAAAAGGAAGAACAUAUAUGGCCUUCAGUAGCGAUUCUAGCUGUACACAAAAUUUAGAUAAUUCUACGAGCGGAUACGAGACAUUUGUUCUAAGCAAAACCGCUAAUCAAAAGGCAAUACCAAAUUAUGUGAAAACCCAUGUAGCAACAUUUCCAAAGUGGGCACAGGGUUUGUGGGAAGAGUCCCUGAUCGUAAAUGGUACAAUGACUUUCACCGAUCUCAACGGAUAUAACAGUUACACUUUCGUUACGGUAGAAUCAAACGAUGAAACUGGACGUUACGUAGUCUAUUCAAAGGAUCAUUGCGAGAACGAAGCUUACGUAUGCUUAAUGAUGAGACAACGUAGUGAAAACGUAUUAGAAUUCACGAUAGGGAUGGUAAUGAGUCCAGUUUAUCAGAGUUAUUUGUGCGAUGAUUCGAACUUCGACAAACCAGUAUGGAUGACUCAAGCGCGUAUUGAGCGAAUAGUAGAAUCACCAUGUCCAAUAACAGGACAAUAUACGGGAAGGAUAACCGACUUAUCGGGCAUGUGUGCAGAGUUGAGUAGCAAUUGCAACACUCGAGAGAUAAUGUACUAUAAAGUUUAUGACUGUGAGUCCGAAGAACUCUAUGAAGAACGGACAUAUUUGUGCUUAGGACAGUGGGAAGAGAAAGGUGUAAUGUACACCUACACAAUGAGAAACGAUACUGGUACGAAGGAAUGUUUUGUUGGUUUGAUCGUUAACGACGAAGAGAUAUAUAUUAAGGAAGCAGGUGAUCAUUGCAUUAGAGAUAUAGAUCCUAAGGAGCAAGGAAUGAGAUUGUAUAAAAAAGGACAAUGUUAUGGAAAUUCUCCUAGUCCUGCACCAACGCCAAUGAAACCGAUUCCACGCAAUCCUAUAUUAAGUACAACUCCACGAUCUAGAUUUUCGGGUGGAACCACAAGAAGACCAGGAGGAAGCGUUACGUCUUCCGCAUCAUCGAAAAAUCUCCAAAGUUAUGAUUUUAUUUUUGUAAUGGUACUUGCCGUUUUUCUUAGAAUAUUUAAUUUCACAUAAUGGAUGAACGAUACUUUCAUUUUAGGAAUGAAUAACAAUGACCCAAUUAGAUAACGAAACUCUAUAUUUACAUAGGCUCGAUGAACGUUUUAUUCUCGACUAAUUAAAUAAGGGAUCGUUUGUAAGUAGAGAAUUGCAAUAUUUAACAUGAAACGCUAUACAUACAUACAUACAUAUAUAUAUAUAUAUAUAUGUAUAUAUAUAUGUAAGUAUAGCGUUACACAUUAUCGUAAAAAGUGUAGAAAGUUUACAAUGCAUUUUUAUAUUAAACUAACAUAUACUUUACUUACGAGGCACGAACUAAAAGAAACGUAGCAAAAUCAAAAUGCAUCAUAAAAUCUUCGCAAUCUUCACUGGGAAGUUCUUAAAAAAAAAAAGUGUAUAGAAACUCGAAAAAUAACAAUGAAAUUUUAUACGUAGACGAGUCAAGAGACUAUUUUACAUAAAACUAUAAAAAUAUAAAAACUACUACUAUUGUCUAUUACUGUAAUAUAAUGACAAAAUUCACAUUUUCUUUAGAUCAAAAACACCUUGUAAAAUACAAAUCAUUUUCAUUUACUAGAUAUUGUAAAUUAUCGAAAAUACCCAAAGAUCUUGUAAUCUUUUUAUUUCUUGAUUCCUGAUAUAAACCAAUGCAUUAUAUACGAUGCAAACAUUUUAUGUAAUUGAACAUAGUAUGUAACAUAAUUAUUUAUAUAAUGUAAGCCAUGAUUUCUUUAUGUUUCAUAUUUAAAAAUUUCUUCAGAUUAUUUUAUAUAUUUUACAGUCGUACGUUCUAUUAAAAAAAAAAAAAAAAAAAAAGAAAAUAGAAAAAAGAAAAAAUAAAAUGAUAAAUUAUUCAAAAUUUCAUAAUUAUAUACAAAAAUAUUCUCAUGCAGGCAUAAUAUAGAAACAUGAGCAACGAUAAGACUGAUAUAUACCUUUGACUUUUACAUAUUUCAAGAGUAUUUUUUUAAGAACAAACUUAUGGUCAUAACAUUUUUCAAAACUAUCUAAACAAUAUACGAAUAAGUUAUAGGAGAUUUAUGGGAUAAUGAAUCUUUCAAAAUAUCCAAUGCUCAUUUAUAAAAUUAUUAAAUUAUGUAAAAAUAUAUAACAGUACAGUCUUUAAAUUCAUUUUGCUUAAUGCUCUAUUUUUAAAUAUUAAUAUUCGGUGCAAAAUAUAAAUUACAUUA